AUGGCCGGUAUAAGGAGAGUUAACGGGAAAUACUCGGGAGUCAACCCGGUUGUCAGUUGCGGUCGCCUGCGUCAGGUUCAGUCUCUGCUCAGAGAUGGAGGCAUUGCAACUCCAGAUGGCAUCCUGUGCUCUCUUGGAAUUGACAGCAGAUAUAAUGAAGGCUGCACUGAGCUUUCCAAAUACCUGUUCUACGGAUUAUAUGGAAGAAAUCAGCUGAAUCUGGAACAUUUUCUAGAGGAAUUUUCAGAGGAAAUGCUGGAUGAUGUAAUCCUUCUGAUCAAGGCGGAGUGUGUUCAUCUUUACUGCAACCCAAUGAACUACAGUUACCUGUUGCCCUACGUGUCUCACUGGAGGAACCUGCAUCUCUACUGCAUGACAGAGGCAGAGUACGAAGAUGAAGAAGCAGCAGAGGAGUUCAAAAUCUCCAGUUUUGUCACAAUGGUGCAGGACUGCCAUCGUAUCGGAGUACCUUACAGCUCACAGGGACACGUCCAGAAGUUUGAUAUGUUUAUGGUGGAAAAAUGGCCUCUUAUUCAAGCAUUCGCCCUGGAAGGCAUCGGUGGAGGAAGCUUUUUUACCAUGAAAUACAAGCUAAUGGACAUGAGUGAGAGGCUGUGGCAGGUAUACACCAGACUGGACCCAGUGUCCCUGGAUCAUCUCCUAACCGAGGACUUGGUUAACUUUGAGAAGCAGUGGACCAGUUUUUUCUCCAGCAUGGAUCUGGAGAGUCAUCUGUCCAUCUUGGAGCUGUCUGAAGCACAGGCAGGAGAGGCAUUCCGCACUUAUUACUCCCAUGGACUGAUCUCAAGCAACAUCACUGACAAAAGUAAAAGUCAGCAGCCCUUUGUCUUGUUUGGGAAACAUUCCUCCUUGCACGAUCUGGAGAGCUACUCAUUCAACUUUCCCUCUGAGAGUCAUCAGGUCCGAAACACAGGGCCUCAGGCUUCCACAGCCAGACACAUGGUUUUGCAGUGUGUGGCUCCCAAAGGUCCUUUAUCCUGCACUCGAACCUACUUCUUUGGUACCACCCACACCCCGUAUCUUGGAAAUCAAAAUACACAACAAAAGAAAACAGAAGUCUUGCUUUUGUCACAGAUUUAUUCAGCUGCUGUUCAAGCAGUUCUGUCUGGAAUCAAAUGCUACUCUUGUACAUCCAGUGCUACCAAGGCAAAAGAUGUAGCAGAGCACACCUUUCUUAUGACUUUGGACUCAUUGAAUUUAAGUCAGUACCGCAGUGCUCUCAGGUCCAAAUGUGAAUUCAACAUCCAAGCAGUGAAUAAACAAGGAAGGAUCAUUCCACUGUCUGAUGAAGAAAGCCGUUAUCUAGUAAAAACAGCCUCCAUGACUGUCCAUGACAUCCCAGACCUGCAGUGGGAUGGGGGGGACCUGGGCUCUGUGGUCUUUUCUGAGUCUUUCUUGGAGUCCAGCAUCAACAUUCAACAGAAAGAUGGCACUGUGUCCUCAGACAGCUGCUACACCAUCCUCACUACAACAGUGCCGCGCUAUGCCUGCUGGCUGAUGGAAUCUGAUGUCAAGCAGUCUGAGCAAGCCCAACAUCUUACAAAGAAGGAGGAAGGCACAUGUUUGGGAACUCCUCUGACUGUGGCGGAUGCUGCCUAUGUGUUCUCCAGCGGCCAGCUCUCCACACCUGAAGAAGGAAAGAUCAUCUUCUUCUCUGGGGGACUCCUGUUUAUUCAUUCUCAAUAUGGAAGCAUCACUGUCUCCAAGGAUCACAUCAGCACCAUCAAGUUCUAUGAUCCGGACUCCAGUGCUGUAGCCUCUCUGUGUCUGGAGUAUGAAAGCACUCUGCUCCCCCACCUCCCAUUCCCUCUUCACAGCUCUGACCAGAGUCUGGUCUUUGCUCUUCAGCCCAGGUCUAAGAGCCACAGGGCCUUCUACUCCAAGGUUUUAUCAGUCUGGAAAAACUCUGAAUCUGGACUCAAUCUACAAUUGGUGGACCAAGAGCACCUGACCUGGAGCCAGAGAAACAUGCACACCAGACUGCAGAAACUGCACGACAGUCAGGAGCCACCAGUGGCCAAACGCAGAGGCAGCUUGAAGACUUCAUACUCUCAGCUGCCAGAGCAGGACAUGUUUCUGCAGCACUUUUCUCUGAGCAAUAUUGGUCAGGAGCCCAUCCUGUAUGACCACCUGGGGACGCUCUUCCCUUCUGCAGAGCUGAGGAACCCAGUCAGCAGCCAGGGAGACAAGGUUGUCAUUACCAUCAUCACUGGACUGCCAGGAAGCCAUAAGAAGAGACUCUGCGACUUCCUGGUCCAGCUGAACAAAGAAUGCGGAAGGUGGGUGGUGUAUGAGCCUGCUCCUGACAGCUGUGACAGCUUCUCAGCCUCACACCUCCAGCAGUAUUUGUCCAGCUUCCUGGAGAGCCAGAGAGGCCCAGGAGGCAAACCCCGUCUGUUGGUGCUCUCACCUGGAUACACGGAUGUUCUGGAUGUGGUGCAGGCCAUUCUUUUCCACCCUGACCCGGUUGUCCAAGCCUGUUUCACCAUCGGCGCCGUCACCGCCUGUGUGGAUCCUCUCGCCUCCUGCAUGGAGCACAGGUUUGCUUUUCCCAAGCUGUUGGAGCAGUGCAGUCAAGGUAUUGUGAGUACAGUGGUGUUCACCGGGCUGACAGCAGAGCAGAAGCACCCUCUCAUGCAGCAUGUUCAGCAGUUGGUACGCUCUGCCAACCCCACCGCAGCCUUCAUACUGGGAGAGAGAGGAGCUGUCACCAGAAAUGAAGAUGUGAAUCUGAUAUUGUCUGAAACCAGCUUCAGUGAGCCACAGAUGCUGAGAGCACGUUAUGUCCUCUACCCUGGCUGGUGCAAAGGGCGCUUCUUCUCUGGUUCUGGGUCCCUGGUUCUCACCCAGCAGUGCAUAGCUUUCAACCGGCCCCUAGAGAGGCCUCUAUUUGUCGCCCGCUGUAAAGCGUUCAAGUCAUCACUAAGGUCGAGCCCUUUCCAAGGAAACAUGUACAAUGUUUGGGGGAAAGUCCGAUUUUCUGACUCAGACCAAAUGAUGGAGGUGAGCUACAACACAGUGAGCGGGAACCUGAGCAUUGUCCCGGAACAGACCCUUAACCCUCUGAUCCCGGGCCCCAAAAAGAAGGACGCUUCCUGCUUCCUGUUCUUUGAUGGUGUUGGCCUCACUGAGGAUGGAGUGAAAGACUGGCUCCGACUGUGUGCCAAGCAGAGGCAGACAAAGAAACCUAAGAAGACCAAAACUACUCUUUCAUCACAGGAAAUCAAGAGUAUACAUCUGACCAGGCACUUGGACCCACUGCCACAAGGCUACUUCUACAACGGUUAUCAAUAUGUUGACAUCUUUGGAGAAAAAAGACUCUGCCAUCCUAACAUGGAUGAGUUUAUUAAAGAGUACAUCGCCGAGGCCAACAAAGAGAUCGAGCUGUUCAACCGUCAGCUGGAGCUGCAGGGCCAGCCUGACCUAUUUGAUCCAUGAGAGAAUCUGUG